GGUGUGAUAAUCGUAUUUAAAAACAAUGACGGAAUUGGAAGGAUCUUAAAUUAUUUAAACAGCUUUUCGUCAUCUGAAGUUGAGGUUUUAGAAAAGAAGGAACUCAUUGCUGUCAAAUUUUUUCUUAAAGAAAAAGAUAAUGGUACAAAGUUUACAGCCAAGAUAACUAAUCUGAUACAUGCGGAUGGGAAGAUAUCUAUCUAUUAUGAGGACAUUUCAAUGGAGAUUAGUGAAAGUCAGCCGAUGUUAGGAAUCCAAAAAUACCUUCAAUGUAAUAAAAGUAAGAAACUUCUCAACGAAUGUUGUUAAGAGUUUGAUAUACAGUGACGUACAUAAUCAAUCAUCUGUUUAAUGAGGCUCACAAUUGCCGUCCUCAUUCAUAUCAUCACUCUAUACAAAGUGAAGUGUGUUUUGUGUAAGAAAGGGAUGAAUGAGUGUCACCUGAAUCCAAUAUUUCCUUCACACAAUGCUCAAUCCUAUGUAUUAUUGAAAGAUGAAAC